GUCCACAAUGCCUUGCGGUGUCCCAGUUCCAAUGCGAUGUAUUUACCAGCAGGAGUAAUGAAACGGGGAGAGGGGCAUUUUCCGCAGCUUAUUGGUGAGACCGCAAAAGACUAGCGCACAGAAAGGACAGACACAAACUUUCGGACAGAGGACCAAAACGUCAUUUAUGUCCUUUUGAAGCCGUCUGAAGCCUUUUUAUUCUGUUUCUUUGUCCAGCAGCCAAACGAUACUUUGUCGCAGUUCGCUGGAAGUGAUUUUCUGGGCAAUGGUGAAGAGAGGGACAAAUUUUGCGGAAUUCUCGCCUUUACCUGUGUUUUCCUCCCUAAACUUCACUCCGGAGAGGAAACACUGAGUUGAAUCCUGCUUGAGCCAUUAAGUGAAGCAGCCAGAGGGGCUUCAGCUGCCCUGCACCACUGGAGCCUUCAAUAAUGUCGGGGCCAACUCACCACAACCGACUCCAUCGCUUCUGACCCAACAUGGAGCUCAAGGUCUGGGUGGAUGGAGUCCAGAGGGUCGUCUGUGGGGUCACCGAAGCAACCACCUGCCAGGAAGUGGUGAUUGCUCUGGCUCAGGCCAUAGGUCGCACUGGGAGAUACACUCUGGUAGAAAAGUGGCGGGACACCGAGCGUCACCUGGCCCCUCAUGAGAGCCCUGUGGCCUCUCUGAACACCUGGGGCCAGUAUGCUGGUGACGUCCAGCUGAUCCUGCACCGCACAGGCCCCUCCCUGACCGAACGACCCCCCUCUGAAGGACCCCCUCUCAGGGGGCCUGAACGUGGGCUGCAUCGACAGAGCCUCCCUCCCCUUGCAAAGCUUCGUCAUCCCAACGAUCGCUCCCUCCGCCGCCGUGAGCCGCGCCGCAAGUCUCUGACGUUCACCGGUGCACCCAGAGGCCUUAGGGAGAUCCUGAGCGGAGGCCGAACCGGCGAGGCUGAGGCUAAACGAAGGCUCCUUCUUGGAAAUGGUGGGAAUCACCACCAUGCAGGACCGGCCAUUGGGACUGCAUCACCUGGCCUGUGGGCCUGUCGCAUGGAAGAUCUGGUCAGACUGGUCGGUCUGCAGAGAGAGACUCUCAAUGUGCUGGAGAAAAAGUUGGAGGCCUAUGAGGCCGAGCUGCAGGCCUGGGCUGAAGGGCGAGGGGGGCGAGGCGGAGGGUGUAUUGGGGACCCAGGUGGAGGAGGAGGACUGAUAGAGGAGAUCCUGAGGCUGGAAAAGCAUCUGAGGAAGAACGACGUGGAGAUGGAGGAGGAGGAGUUUUGGGCCACUGAGCUGCAGAUUGAGCUGGAAAGUGAGAGACAGCUGGAGGAAAGACUGCAGGAGCUUAGAGGACGCCUGCAGGGCUGUGAAAUGGAGAUUGAAGAAAAGCUGGCAAUGGUACAGGGUGUGGAGGCAGGCCUGGAAGAGGAGCGGCUGCAGAGGGAGCGGCAGGAGACCCAGUGGGUCAGUGAGGCAGAGGCUCGGGCUCAAGUGCUCCGGGUCAAAGCAGAACUGAAAGCCCAGGAGAGACAGGCUGUCCAGCUGGAGAGCAGCUGCAGAGCUGUGGACAGGUCACUCGGACAAAGCAGCAAGAAACUGCAGGUGAGACAUAUGCAGGACAUGCAGCACGAGCUGGAACAGCUGACCAAGGAGCUGAGGCAGGUUAACCUGCAGCAGUUUAUCAAGCAGACUGGCACCAAGGUCACAGUGCUGCCUGCUGAACCCACUGAAGAUGAAAGUACUCACAACAGUCAUGGUAUAGUUUCUGUGAUGGGCUCAUUGGACCACAGCUCUGUCAUCCUGCAGGAGACAAGCGGAGAGCUGACACGUAUAACUUAGUCCCCCUGACUGGCUCCCUGAAGCGUCCCGUGUCGUCGCACCCGAUGUCCAGUCACCUGCGGGUACUCCACAGCCCUCUCACUUCAGGCCUGAACCCAGAGGGCAUCUAUGUGUGAGGCGGCUCUGCUCGGAGGGAGCGUCCCCCCUCUCAGAGCCCAUUUCACUCCAGAACACAUUUGUAAGUGGAUAUCUUUGUACAGGAUACCUCAGUAGCACACUUCUAUGCACUGUUGUCUCAAGUACCUGAGGGCAGCCUCGAGUGUGAAGACUCAAAUAGUGAAGGAACAAUGUCGAUCUUGAAAUGGAAGUCGUGGAGCACUUGGUGAAUGAUGGUUAGAAGGCAUGACGACAAAAUACAGUGGUGCACAGUCUCUGAACUUAUUAAGACUUUCUAAACAUUAGGCGGUCGUGGACUUCCUUUAUAAGCAUAUCCACUUAAUGUACUUUUACUCUCACUUUAGUACCUGCUGAAUGAUUUGUAUUGGUUUCUCACUAGCAUCAUGGUUUAAAACUAUUGCCUUUUGAACAGUAUUCUUGAGAAUCUUGGUAUGUGAAUCUAUGAACUAUAUCUCUACAACUGUAUGUAAUUUCUGCAGUGAAUACCCAGUAUAAUGACUGGCUCUUAAAUAAGUAAUGAAGGAUCCACUUGUGUCUCUAGUAAACUGUCUAGAAUCUAUCGUUUUGCAUAUCAGAAUUUAUUCCUGUAGUCUGUUCAUGUUUAAACUAUGCACAAAUGGUUAAUAGUUUUGUUACUGAAGAAUGUUACUGUCUGUCUGUACCAAAAUGAUGGCUUACUGUAAAUAUGUUUUGUUACUUUCCAGCUUUAUUUAGUGAAUUAUUAUAUUUUAUUACAAAGCGGUGCAGUCACAGUUACAGAAGUGCAGUGCCCUCAUUCCCGCAGUAAUAUCUGCAUAAUGAAACAGUGUUAAUUGCCCUCUUAAGCUGAUUUCUGUCGUUAAAUGACUACACAGUAUAUUUUUGCCAAAUGUAUUUUGCUUGUUUUUCCUGUAAGGAUCGGCGGCCAAAGAUUAGCGGGUCUUGUUGCAUGAUUGUCUCGUUAAUAUAGCCAUAUCUGGAUGUGCAGAGCACCCACAGUGCAGUAAAUCAGUUAGUGGAAUCUAAAAAUGGUGGCAUGUAAUAAUACUAUGGAUAGCUACAGCUACAGUGUGUGUGAGAGUAUGAGUGAGUGAGCCAGUGAUUAAAGAGAUGUGUGUGUGUGUGUGUGUGUGUGUGUGUGUGUGUGUGUGUGUG